GCUGAUCGUGACAUGUCCCGUUGGAUUUCUGACAUCAGUCUGCGGAUUUUGUCAACAAAAGUGUCUGUAGGGCCUGCAAAAGCCCGAAAAAGUUUAUAAUGGCGGGUCCAUCGGUGUUAAAUCCUCUAAAUUACGUAGUAGAGAGACAAUACAGAGACGGUUUAGUGAUAAAGAACCGGAUAUUCAAAGAAAGAUUGGCUCAAGCCAGGAACUUUUACAGAAAAGACCUGUUCAGUCACUACGGGUGUGUGAACGCUAUCGAAUUUUCCGAGGAGGGUGAAUUAUUGGUUUCCGGUGGAGACGACAGAAGGGUACUGCUAUGGUCCUUAUCAGAAGCAAUCUACGACAGGGGAGCGCCGAUUUCCAUGAAAAAAACGCACAACAGCAAUAUUUUUUGUGUGGCCUUCGAUUCAAAAAACAAGAAAAUCUUCUCUGGCGGUAACGACGAUCAGGUUAUCAUCCACGAAAUUUUCUCGGGGAAUGCCAUAUGCACAAUACCCCAUAGGAAACCCGUCUAUGGGCUCAGUGUGAAUCCCCAAAACGACGAAAUCAUCUCUACAGCGGGAGAAGAUGGUAGAUUGCUGCUCUACGAUAUCAGAGAAGCCCCAAAUCAAGAGGCUUUGAUUCUCGCCAAACAAAAGACUGGUUUCCAUUCUGUGAUGUUCAAUCCCACCAAGCCUAGGUAUUUGGUCUCGGCCAAUUCUGAGGAGGGGGUAGCCUUAUGGGACUGUAGAAAACCCAGAGAAGAACUACUGAAGUACGACUCGAACAGCGGUAAAUCUAGCGGUAUUAGCGCAUGUUUCGACUCAAAUGGUACCAAAGUACUAGCUCUAAGAAGGCGGUUGCCUCCCGUACUGUACAAUCUCAACGAGGAACAUUCUAUCUGUCAGUUCUAUCAUCCUCAGUACUACAACAGUUGUACCAUGAAGACGUGUUCCUUUGCUGGUGAUGGCGACGAGUAUAUUUUGAGUGGUUCCGAUGAUUUUAACUUGUAUAUGUGGAAAAUACCCAAAGACAAUGCUGAAUGGGGACAAUCACAUAUGGUUUUGCGAGGCCAUAGAAGCAUAGUGAACCAAGUGAGGUACAACAAGCACAACAACUUGAUUGCGUCAUCUGGUGUAGAAAAAAUGAUCAAAUUGUGGAGUGCUCUUCCUAUAGGCACUUGGAGGGGGUCUUUGUUAAAAGAAUAUACCGAUCCUGCUCGCAUAGUGUACACUCAUCAGGAUUAUGCUGAAUUAGUUGGCAACAGUGGAGAAAGGAUAUCUCAUGAUUACAGUGAUCAAUCCACGAUGGAGGACGCUAAAAUGAUGGCGUUCUUUGAUUCACUGAUCCAACGGGAAAUUGAAGGCUGGAUAUCGAGUUCGGAAGUACAAACAUCGGACAGUGACUCGGACCAAGAACAAGACUGGUCCAAGCUCGUGUUGAAAAUGUACAGGAACGGUAAGAACUGCGCGGACGAACCCAAACGACUGAAAACGAACAAAAUCGCGCAGCUGAUAUCGAAAAAGCGCAGCCGGUUGGCCCGCAUGGCGCAUAACAAAUCCUCGAGCUCGGUGAGGAGACUGAUGCUGAGAGAAAAACGGAAAAAGAAGGAGAAACACAAUGGUGUGUCGAAAAAGACGCCUAGGAAAGGAUGUGGAUAUUUGGAGACGAAUAAUAGGGUCAAAUACGAAGCUAGUCCGAGAUUAAGGUACCGAACUAGACAGUACCUGCGCGAAGCCUGCGAAAACGCCGGCAUCGGCGUACUCCUAGACACUCCCAGUACUAGUACGGGUAUCACCAGCUCGAACAGUUCGAUGUAUAGGUUAGAAAUGGACCAGGAUUCCGAAGAGGAAGCUUUACAGAGUCCGCAGGAAGAAUUGCAGGAAGAACUAAGGUCUAACGACGAAGAAAACUUGGUUAAUAUACUUCCUACGCCACUGAAUGGAACGCAGGAGCAUGUUUUUAGUGGGUUGGACAUGCCUGCUGCGAAUAGUAAUGGGCAAGUUAGUAAUGGAAGAGGUGGUACUACGAAUGGUACGACGUCUUCGAGUAGGAAUCAUCAUCAGGAGUUAAAUAAUGGUGCUUCUACAAGUAGAGGUACAGGGAGCAGUCGCAAACGGAAAUCCAUCCCCGCCGCCAUCAAGACCGUCGACGAAAACAGCCCUUCGACCAGCUCGGCCAACGGCUACUGGCUGCAAGACGCCCCCACCACCACGACCACUUCCAGCGACGAGGAUUACGAGUUCGACUACCACCAAACUCCGACGAAAAAGCGCAAAAACGACGAUUUCACGGACAGCGGCUGCGGCACGGGACCCAGCAGCUCCAAGUCCCGACCCAAGGUGUCGUUUUCGGUGAAAAAAACGACGCCCCACGGUGGGCGCCAAAAAGACUGCAGCAGCGACGAGGAGGUGAGAAAGGAACGGUUUAGGAAACGAGUUCGGAAGGCGAGGGUGAACUUUAGGAAAAACGUCUGUGCCGACUCCGAUUCGAAUUGAUUCGAUCAUAUUUAUGUAUUUAGACUGACUGUUAUUUAAAAUUGUGCCGAGAUUGUGGACUCGCUUCGUUUUAGAGAGGACGGUAUACGAUUUUUGGUCGAGCUGGAACUACCUGUAUGUACAGUAUCAGAUAGGAAAAAUAGGGAUGUCUAAAAACGUCGAUAGAAAAAAUAUCGAUACUUAAAAUUAU